AUUUUUCCUCAUUGUAUGACCUGAAUGGUUUCAAAAGAAUACAAAUUAACAAAUCGGAAAAUAUUGAUAUCUAUUAAAGUAUUGCUGUUCAUGUGUUUAAAAUAUUAGGAAUUAAGGAGAAGAAUUGUGAUGUAUUACAGUAACACUUGCACUCAAAUGAUGGCGAUAACCUACAAAAUAUCAAAUGACGGUAUAGUGAUGAUAAUCAAUUAUUCGAUUGCUUAAAAACAAGAACUCAACUCGAAUAAUCACAUUGAAGAAGGUUUUGGUUUAUUAUGAUUAUAUCUUGAACUUUUUUGAGAAUCUGACAUGGCAUCAAAGCAGAUUCGGUGUGAAAUGUGCUGUAAUGAAAAUGCAGUUGGAUAUUGCAAAACGUGUGGAUUCCUUGGAGAAACAUGUGUUAAUAUUCACAAGAUAGGAAAGAUAUUUCAAACUCAUACUCUCAUUAUGCAUGAGGCUGUGAAAGUGCAUGAAGGUGGUACUGAAAAUCCAAAAGUCAUAUUGCGGGACAUCACAGAAGAAAGAUGUAAGCAGCAUCCGACUGAGAGAGUUAUCUUUCUUUGUAACAUUCAUGAUUCCGUGAUUUGCGGCAGAUGCCUUCAUUCCGAACAUCUUUCUUGCGGAAAAGAAGUUGUUGACUUGUUGCAUGAAGUAGUUAACAUUGACUGCGAGAAAGUCAACACAAUGCAGUCAGUGUUAAAGGAGGUUAAAGAUGAAAUUCUGUUUUUGAAAGAUGAAGUAGAACAAAGCAUGGAGAGCUACAAAAAACACGCUGAUAAAUGUAUGCAAGAAUGUAUGGAAUUAGGAAAUAAAAUUAAACGACGUGUAGAUGAAUUGACAAGUGAUAUUAUACACGGAAUAACAAAGACAAAUGACAUAAACGUGAGUACCCAUUCCAGUAUUACUCAGACGUGUAACGAGAAAACCAAGUGGUGUGAGGAUGAAGAAAAUAAAAUUGAUGAUUUUGUUGACAAUAAUAUGGCUGGGCACUUGUACCUAAUGCACAGACAUUUUGAGAAAGAGGUUUCGGAUGCCAGAUCCCAUCUCAAAGAAAUGAAACACAAACAAACCUUUAAAGGGUUUGGCUGUAAAGAAAAUAAAGUUAUACUAAAAUGCCUGUUUGAGGAUUUGGAGGAAGUUUGUGAACAUCAAGAAGAAGUUACUGGAAGUGACGAUGGCAAUUUGGACAAUGUUGUCGCAUCACCUACAAAAAUAUGCAAGACCCGGCGGGAGUUCACUGCACUGUUGAAUCAAAUCAAGCAAGACUUAGAUAAAUCAGAAAAGACCCGGCGGGAGCACACUGCACUGUUGAAUCAAAUCAAGCAAGACUUAGAUCAGUCAGAGAAGGCAAGGAAUGCACUGAGUGAUGAGCUGAAACAAGUGAAACAAAGCAAAGAUAAUUCCGAAAAGAAAAGGAAGAUAUUCGAACAAGAAUUAGAGAAAGCGAAACAGGACAUAGAGGAUUCUGAAAAGACAAGGAAAGCACUGUGUGGUGAGCUGCAAAAAGUGAAACAAGAUAUCGAUAAUUCAGAAAAGACAAGGAGGGGUCUCGAACAAAAACUAUUGAAAGCAAAUCAGGACAUUAAGGAAGCUAAAAGGGAAAGAGCAGAAGUCAAGGCACAGUGUUCGCAAAUAAAAGACAGAAUCAACUGGACUCAACCAACGGGAACUGUUAAUGUCACGUUCGGCAUCGGUACGAUUGACUUAGUAUUCAAAUUCCCGGAUGGCAUUCUGACGACACAAAAUCCGUCUCCAGGAAACCCGAUAAAAGGUGGCACGUUCAAAGGAUGCUUGAUGCGGGUCCGUGAGGGCGAGCUGCUAUGUAGGAUGUUAAAGGCGGCGUUUAAAAGAGGACUGAUGUUCAUCUUGGGGAAGAAAGGAAAAGUGGACCUGGAUUGCGUGUCAUUGUAUGAUGGUCCAGUGUAUUCUAUGAGGGGUGGCUAUUGGGAAAAGCACUCGGAUUACGAUGAAUACAUACAUACCUUGAAAGCAGAACUGGCAGUCAAAGGCAUCACAGAGGCGGACAUAGAUCAAGAAGAGAAGCUGGAAGAGACCUUCACUGCCGAUGGUGAUAUGAAGCAAGUUGACAUACACGGGAAUAACAGAGGCGCUUGUUGAACCUAAAGAAAAUUUGAAAACAGUCGUUUGUAGUUUCCAUUGUAUUUUUGAUACGUCAAUACAUUAUGUCGUUGUUCAAUCUUCUCUCCAUAGUUUAUAGUUUAUAAAAACUUAUAAUAACCGUGUUUUCCUUAAUGGUUGUAUUCAAUUAUAUUUUGUAUUAUAUUUUGUCUUUGACAAAGGAUUAUAUGAUUAUUUAAUUGUAGAAUGUUUAAGAUUGCCCAUGCCGUAUG